UGAGCAAGAACUGGAAACUGGUGGAAACCCGUUUUCUCUCUUUCUCAUUCAGUCGUGUUCCGUCUCUGACACGUUAGUCAUUAAUGAAUGAACAAAAGGCAAGAAUUCCUACUCCGAGGCAUUUUGCUGGCAAUGCGGUGACAAUAUCGAUUAUAGCCACCAUUAAAUUGGUCUCUCACUCCAAGCCUUCAAACCACACACAAUCUCGUUGGCAAAACAAGAGACGAGAGAUUUCGGUGUUAUUAUGGCGUAUCAUUUCCAUUACCUACCACUACCAAAGUGCACCAUAAAUGGUCCUCCCCUCUAUCUGAUAACACCUCAUCCUAUGGUCACCUUAUACACUCCACGACGACGCAGAUCGACACUCCGUCACCCAGUCGAGUGAUUAACAUGGAUGACAUGGAAGAACUGGGCGAUCAGGUCUUUGCCGCGGAGGCCAUAACAAAGAAGCGAUUGCGGAAGAAUCGUAACGAAUACCUAGUCAAAUGGAAGGGUUGGAGUCCCAAAUAUUCAACUUGGGAACCUGAGGAGAAUAUCCUCGACCCAAGGUUGAUCCAACAAUACGAGCGGAAACUGGUGUUGGAGGCCAAUGAGCGGAAGAAAGGCCGCAAACCCAAAGACAAAUUGGCCGUGAAAAGGCCGCGUAAAGACUCUGCAAGUAGUGAUGACGAAACUGUGCGAAAGAAACCCGCAAGUGUUCCAUACAUCUCCCAGACAUUAAGCGGGAGAACGCCCAAGCCUCCUGAACGUUAUCAAGACUCGAAGAAAUCUCGGAAUCGUCACAAAAGCAGCAAAAGUCGGAAAGGGUCGGAUGACGAGAGCGACUUAUCUUCGGAAAUAUCGCGAUCCUCUAACCUUCCAAGCCCCCAAUUGAGUCCUCAGUUGAGUCCGGCUUUGUCAACGGGUUCGGGGAAGAAGAUUCCCAAAGUCGGGAUCACGAUCCGGAAAAGCCCAAAUUCCGAUCGGACCUUUGAAACCCAUCUCCUUGGGGGAGACGAGGAGUCCGAAGAGGAGAUCGAAAUAGACGACGACGAGGAAGACGCCUAUGAGACUUUUAAAUCCACUCUCAGAGACGAACACUCGUUAGAGGUCAAGGCCAAAAAGGCGGCCGCCAUAAACAACAACAAUGGCCUCCACCACAGCCCGUUCCAUAAGAACAGUAACAAUAGUAGCAAAUCAGUGUCCAAGUCGUCAGAGAAGAAAUUAGACCAAAAACUCUCCAAAAGAGCCACAGUGUCCAUUGAGAAGAUGGCUAAGCCCAUGAACGGCUACAAUGGUGGCCUGGAUAGUGAGUCAGAUUCAGAGUACGAAGUUGAGCAGGUGAUCGAACUUCGAGAAUGGUUCCCGCCGGAUUUUUGGAAAGCCCGCCUCCCAGAAUCGGAACGGAAGGUGUAUUUCACUGAUGUGACCGUUGGAGAGGAUUUCACGGUGACCAUGAGAGAAAGCUGCACUAGUGAAGGAUUUUUCAAGGCUCUAUGAUAUUAGAGUGGUGGCUAAUAGCCAUUCCAAAGAGGUUCCCAUUUUGGCCAUUUCCGCGCCAUUUGUCAGCUGAUUUUCUUGAAUAGAUGCAGAGUCCCAAUUGAGGAACGGGGACUCUUAGGGGUGCGCCCUUUUUUACAAUGCUGGAAAUGUGGUCUUUUUGACCUGAUUACUACAGGUCGAAUGUCUUUCAUAUAUUCUUCUCAUCUCUGUCCGCUUCAAUUUGAUAACAUAUUAAUUAUCCUUCUUGUUUAAACCGUGGACGGCUCAACACUGACGUAAACCAUUCCCAAAACCGGCAGUCCUCGUAAACUCGUAAAUUAUAUUCAAUUUAUUGACAUCUACCGAAAGUUACCAUGGAAGCCUGCCAACAGAAUAAAAGCUUUAAUUUCCCGUUAUCACACAAGAUGAAUUUUAAUGAAUACACGACGAACCUGUAUCCCACAGUCGGACUGCGACUUCCUAAUUUCAUUGCCUUUGUUGAAUCAGAAUAAUAUUGUUUUCGUGCUAAGUAUCCCAGAUGAAUCUCACGACUAUUAGUUAAUAAAUAUCAAUCUUGUUCUUGGA